AAAAAAAAACCAAUAGGAGAGAGGGAGCAAGAGAAUGAGUCAAAGAGUGUAAGACAGUGACUGUAGUGGAGGCCAUAUAUAGAGCCAGAGCUGAUAUGAAACAAUUCAUAUCCAUGCAUUACCUUAAAUUCUCAACCAUAGAUCUAUAUUAUAUAUAAUAGCAGAAGCUAAGAGAAAGUGGAUUCCUACAAUUAAGAAGGUGGUGACAAAUAGGAUAACUGCCUAUCUAAAAUUCAGACACGUAUAACUUAAAAAAGCGAUACAUUAUAUUGUUUCCUAACGUUAACACUGUUUGACAGUCUUUGUGUAUAUAUAUUUAAAAAAAACGGUUAAAGUCCAAAAAAAAAAAAAAGAGAGGCUUGCAACUAAAAAACCCUAGCAAUGCAGAGAAAGGGAAGGAGAAAAAAAAAAACACUUGCGUUAUAGAGUAGACAGAGUUUGCACGGCCGGUCAUCACCAUCCCUUGCCAGACUUAGACCAUCAGAUUGUCGGAACCGACAUCAACAAAGAUUCAAUUUCGCCUCUCUAUCCUCCCCCUCCUCCUUUUAGGCAAAAUCAAAAGCAAAAGGAAGGCGGGAUGGUUAUCUCAAUAGAUGCCAAUCUGACUGCUCCUCUUUCAGGUUCUUACAUUUUCCACUGUUUCUUAUCUUACUAAUAAUUUCCACUUCUUGACUUUACUCUUUCAUAUUUCAGGAGGCAUAUACACGGGCCAAUCUGUGGUAAAUAAAAUCUAUUUUUGAUUUUUCCUUCAAAUUCUGAGUUUAACUAAAUGCUAAUUGAUUUUUUAUUUUGGGCAGAGAGUUGUUCCUAUGGAUAUUAACGGUAGGGAAAAAGCGUUCCCCUCGAGUACAAUUGAUAGUCAAUGAGUGCAUUCAAAAACUCAACCACUAUUGCACUGUUGAUGAUGUUCAAUUAUGGUCCAAUCCUAGAAAUGCAAGUUAUAUACAUAUAUGUCCACUUUUAUCUAAUCUUGGCCUUCUUUACGUUUUAUCUUUGAAAUGAAUUUUUGUUUCAUAUUAAUAAUCAAAUUCUACAUUGAUUUGUUCAUUUAUGUGUUGGUAUUUUUAUGUUAUAUGCAAAGCAAAAACUGAUAAUUCGAUGUAAUUAUGGACACACCAAGUGCACAUAAAUCGUUUGUUCUUACUAAAACAACAUCAACCAAGCAUUAGUCCCAAAAUUUUGGGGUUGGCUAUAGACUAAAAAAUAUAGACAUGGAUCACACAGUGAUAUGUCGAUUCUUUAAAAAAAUUAAGGCAUGAUACGUUGGGGAUAUAGUGAUUAAAUCAAUUAAUAUAUUUAGGUGUAUUUUAUUUUUAUUUUAAGUAUAGGGAUUUUGGAGUGUUCAUGCUUCUGAGGCUAUAGAUCUUUAGAGGGUCAGCCAUGUAUUCUUUUCUGCCAUUCUAAAUUGUUUGUCUUAAUUUUUUUUUUUUUCUAAUUUUGAAUUGAUGCCAUGUGUUAUAGUGAUGCAAGGGCUCAAGUUGAUGAUGAAGAUAUAGCAAUGAUGAACAUUAGCAGGUCUGAUGAUUGGGUCACCAUUAAAAUCAUAAACUAGACAAUGAUGGAAUCAACUAUGCUGAUAUGACAAAUUAGUUUUGGUAUCAUCGGCUCCAUCUGACAAAUCAGUACCUAGCGGCUUUAGAAAGAAGAAGUCCAAGUGAUUACUGCCAUGUUCAUGCAAUACAAAAAACACCAUUGUUUCUGCCAGAAAGGGUUCAGAAAUCAAUCAGGAAACAUCAAAAGACAAAGCGAUUGAAUCUCACAAUUUCUGAUGAACCUUUUAUCCCAAAAAAGCAGAGAAAUGAAAAAGGAUUAUGUUUAGUAAACUUGUUUCAACUACCUAUUUACUACAAUCAGUCUAAAUCUAAUCUAGCAAGCCCCAUAUAUGCAUCUCUUGCCCUUAUAAUUAAAAAUUAGAUUGCUUAGAUAAUUUCUGAUGAACAAGUGCCCUUUGUUCAACAUACAAAAACAUUGCAUAGUGGCAAAAACAAGCAGCUAUUCAAAGCUGCAAACACUCCUUGCCAGGGGUACAAGCAGAUCUUACACAAUGACAAACAAUACAGAUAAAACUAAUCAUAACUACCAUUACCAUCUAAUUAUUCAACAAAACAUGACAGAAAUCACACCCUAAGCUCUUCUACAGUGACAUUUAUUCCUCCUUUGAAAACAUCCCCCACUGACUGCAUAGAAUUUUAUUUUGCAUUACUGCAAAAAUUCUGACUAAAUCAACCCAUGGUGAUUCUUGCCUUUGGCGUCAAAUAUGAUAAAUGGAAGCAGCCCAAGCUAGUUUACACAAUAUUGGAUUAUCAAGCAUACAGCUUCCCAUUAGAUGCUUUCAUUAUUUUUUCAUUGUUUGCCAAAACUUAUUAGACAUUUUAUAUAUUUGAAUUUGAAUAUGUGCAAGAUAUAAUUUCAAAAUCAAACUCAAAUAUAAUUGGAGAAACCUUCAUAAUUCUUAUAUUACAAUAUGGUGAAUAUACACGAGCUAAUACUACUUUUGACAGUGGGAUUGGGUGAGGCUUUUUGAAAGACAUAAAACACAAGAUGAUUCAGAUGAUUGAACCAUUUAAUCCAGAAUCAUAAUGCAUACAAUGAUAUCAACCCAUACGGGAUCAUUGGCAGAAGCCUACCCUGACAUUAUAACAUGUGCAAACAUGUUCUGGUGGCCAGUCGGAAGCAAGUGGGAAGACUGUCUUGCCUCUGAACCUGGAACAGGCCAAUUGAACCCCUUAAACCCCAAGACUUACCAAGUCCUGAAACGAGUUAUUAAUAAUGUAGCCACCCUAUUCCCAGAACCAUUCUACCAUGCUGGAGCUGAUGAGAUCAUCCCUGGUUGUUGGAAAGCUGAUGCAGCUAUUCAAUCCUUCCUCUCAAAUGGUAGAACUCUCAAUCAGCUACUCGAGAUCUUUGUCAACUCUACUUUUCCUUAUAUUGUAUCCCUCAACCGAACAGUGGUCUACUGGGAAGAUGUUAUAUUGGAUGCUAAUAUCAAGGUACCAACCACAGCUCUUCCUCCAGAGCAUACCAUCUUGCAAACAUGGAACAAUGGCCAUAAUAACACCAAAAAGAUUGUUUCUUCUGGAUACCGGGCUAUUGUAUCAUCUGCGGAUUUCUAUUAUCUGGACUGUGGGCACGGUGGCUUUGUAGGGAAUGACAACCAGUAUGAUAAUCAAACAAGUGGUACCUCUGGAAAUGGAGGAUCAUGGUGUGCACCUUUCAAGACAUGGCAAACCAUAUACGACUAUGAUAUAACAUAUGAGUUGAGCAAGGAGGCCAAUCUAGUGUUAGGUGGGGAGGUGGCAUUGUGGUCUGAGCAAGCAGACCCUGCAGUUUUAGAUGCAAGAAUCACAGCAAUCACAACAACAAUCACAACAACAACCUAGAACCAUAGACAUUGUACAAUAAAAUGUAGCUUGGCAGGGAGUUGCAGAUGGAGAGGGAAAAAACUAAUGUUAGCAGAUAAGACACACAAAGAUGGCUUAAGGAUUGCAACAAACCAGCCCUUAUCACAGAGAAAGAAGCUGCAAAUUUCUGCAGCAAACAGAGAAAGAACAGAGCAGUAAAACAAGGACUCCAGGGCCUGAUUUUUAUUCAUUCACUGUUUCAGCCAGUAAAUUUAGUAUGUAUACAUGAACAUGGCUCAUAUUCAGCCUUACAAGUUACAAGUGAAUCACUUCAUAAUCAAACAACUAUUUUUUAGUUGACCAAACCAAAAACAAGUUAAAACUAGUGUUACAACUUAUUUUAUUUGAAGUAACAGUUCUGUGAA